CUUGCCUUCGCGAAAUGGAUGGGCUUGCUCCAUCGCCCUCAUUUUGUUCAAGUUGACAUGGCCGUAUGUACCAGAAUAUGGAGCUUUAAAAGCAUACAAGAAUUUACCAAAUUCGCAUCAUGGAAGCGACUGAGAGCAAACACCAUUUCUUCACCAGAGGUGGACUCUCUUAUCACAAGGUCAUCACCCGUGAUCAAUAAAAUUGCGUCAUUCGGGUAUUCCCCAGGUUAAGGCAUGUGUGGAAUGAGGGCCGAAUAAUGGCGUGGUAUAUAUCCACCCCCUCCCUCUCCCCAUUCUGGGUGCUUGGGGAUAUGCAAGAGCGUAGGAAUAAUAUUUCGAUCCGCUCAAGUCCCAUGUGCCGUCUGUACGUCGUAUACCACACGGUUUGCGGGCACGCCUAUCAAGCCCAGCAAUGGAUGUGCGGCGACCCAGUCACGAAGGUCGAAGAGUGCCAUUACUCUUGUCUACGACAUAGGGACCCGGUGGUGUUCGGCCUGGAACAUCACAAUAUGUGCGACUGGUGCGACUGGGCAACACAUUGCGGACCCGGACGACCCCCUUCAUGGAACGAAGUACAACGGGCGAAGCAGGAGUGCCGGGCACCGAGAAUCAGGACCUUCGACGACCGGCCCACGAAGAGGCCGGGGAAGUGCUUUCAAUGCGCGCAUGACAAGAAGCCGGCGAACAAAGCAGCGUGGCUAAGGCAUUUCAAAUGCAUCGGCCGUAUCUACCGCGAUCCUGAGCUCGCCUCGAAGUCUAGAAUGCGAGUCGAUCGGAAGAUGCCGGUCCCCGUUGGUCUGGAGGAGCAAGUGUGGGUCGACGAGAAAGGCGUUUUGAAGGACGAUUGCGGGAAGCAAAGUCCUACCACUCCUAAGAAUCCUUGUAAUGUUGAGUCCUGUCAGGUGCAUCGAAAGAUCUGUAACCAGCAUCCAAACGGCACGUGCAGGAAUGACGAGAGACCUGAAGGCAAUGUGAACAGAACCUUGUACCGAUGGGGAGGCAAUAUAGGAGCAACCAUAAGUGAAGAAAUGAUAUAGUUAUGUGCGGAGGCAUAGAAC